AUGGAACAACUUAAACGCUCAACAAAACCUCAUAAAGAUCUAGAUAGAGAGUUAGCCAAAGCAUCAUUAAUUGUUAAAGAUCUUUGUCAGCAAGCUGAUAAGGGUACAUUUGACCUUAAUGAAGCAAAUGAAGAAGAAAAAAAACAUAUUUUAAGGGGCAGACAACGACUUGAUCAUCUCAUUGAAUUAACAAAGAUUAAAAAUACUAAUGAUCCAGAGUUUAAAAAAUGGAAUGAAAAGAGAAUUGAUAGAAUACUUGUUGAUUAUUUAUUAAGAGAAGGAUUUAGUGAUACAGCAGAAUUAUUGGCUUCAGAGUAUGAAAUAGGAGUAACACGCGCUAUUGAACAAGCUUUGAGAGGUCGUAAUUUGUUAGGACAAAAUUUUGGGGCAAACAGUUGUACUGAAGCUUUAAAAUGGUGCAAUGAAAACAAAUCAAACUUACGUAAAAUAAAUAGCACGUUAGAAUUUAAUCUUCGUGUUCAAGAAUUUAUCGAAUUAUGUCGUGCUAAUAAAAAGGAAGAGGCAAUCGAUUAUUCUAAAAAACAUUUCAAAACAUAUUUAGACACUAGUAAAAAGGAUUCACCACAGGGAUCAAUUAGGAGGCAUGAUUCUCUUAAAUUGAAACCCAGGAGUGAUCCUCUUCUUGCACAAUUUCUUCAGAUGAUGGGUACCCUUGCUUUCCCACCAAAUACCACUUGUCCACCUUAUAAGGCACUAUAUGAUCCUUCACGUUGGGAAGCGCUUAUUGAACAAUUUCGAGCAGAUUUUUAUGCAUUAAAUUCACUUCCUUCUCAACCGUUAUUGAAUGUUACCCUUCAAGCAGGACUUUCAGCACUUAAAACUCCAAUGUGUUAUCAACAUGAUAAUAAGAAUAUUAAUUGUCCUGUGUGCUCACCAGAUACUCUUGGAAUUUUGGCACAAGAUUUACCUAUGAGUCAUCAUGUUAAUUCAACUAUUGUAUGUCGUAUAAGUGGUAAAAUUAUGAAUGAAAAUAAUCCCCCUAUGGCUUUACCCAAUGGAUAUGUUUAUUCAUAUGAUGCAUUAUAUGAAAUGUCAUCCAAAAAUAAUGGGAAAAUUACGUGUCCUCGUACUGGUGAUAUAUUUUCAUUUUCUCAAUUGAAAAAAGUAUUUAUUUCAUAA